AUGAGUUCUGACGAGUUAGAGAGUGAUUAUACAGACGUGUCAGAAAAUUCAUCUUCCAACGAUGAAGUUAGCAGUACAUAGUCUGAUACAGAAAAUGUGGAUAUGAGUACAGCAACAGAUUGGUAUGCCAUAAAUACAAUCAAUUAUUCUCUAAGGCCUGCCAGAAAGUUCGUUGAAUUUUGAGACAGAUGAAGAUGUAUGCAAGGAUGUAAUGAAAUUUAUCAGGCUGUUUUUAGACAACGAUUUUUUCGAAAUUGUUGUGCGAGAAACAAACAAAAAACAAUUCAUCUAAACAAAAAAAAAAUUUGCAUAUCAAUGAUGACGAUGAUUUUGACAGUAAAAAACUUUAUAAGAUUUGGCCAAUCUUAGACUUGCUGCAGAGACGAUUCCAAGAAGUAUACACGCCAGAACAAGAUGUAACUAUUGAUGAAAGUUUGCUAAUGUUCAAAGGGCGCCUUGGAUAG